ACUGUGGUUUGAAGUGUGUCUCCGGUCUGUGUACCGCGUCGCAGUUUAUUUCAGUGUGGUUUACGCUCAUGUCCUGUGUCACAACGUGGCCAGCGGGGAAAAGGAAGAACGAUGCAUCCCCAGAAUACUGAUAUUGCCAUACUCUGAUAGAUUACGUAGCCUGUGAAUCACUGCCAUUACUGGGAAAUGAAUCCUGAUCUCUCCAGUCCGUAGCCAGCCGCUGUAUUGGGUAUAAUACCAGAUGUUGAUGAUGGAUUGGCAAAUAUAUCUUCGUCUGAAGCUUGCUGUGAUGUGCGCAUGUGUCUCUCUGAGCUGGGCCCAGAAUUGCCCAUCACAGAAACACGCGGCCGCCAAGUUCACAAUAAACAGUCACCGGAAUCAGACAGGUCACUGGAUAUCACAGGUGUGGCUACAGCACAGCCCUGACAGUCACACAGUGACCAGCCCCUGGAUGGUUGAAGUGGAGCAGAACACUGCCUCCUGCAAGGGCGUCGAGUCAGUACAGCUGGUUGCCACCUUGACAGCUCCCCCGAUCCGUGCGGGGCCCGGAUAUGAACUCCGCCGUGGUGUAGGUUACUACAAGAUUCAUACUGAACCAAAGACGUGGCAAGAGGCGCGCCAGAUCUGUGAGCAGGAGGGUGCUCACCUCGCAGUCAUCAACUCUGAGGAAGAAUCCAAAGUUCUGCAAUCACUGUUUGCCCCUGUGGCUGCCAAACUCAAGGUGGCAUGGGCCUUCGUUGGGUUUCAUGACCUGUACAACGAGGGGCAGUAUCUUACUAUCUUCGAUGAACCCCUAAAUUCAUCUGGCUUCUACCGUUGGGUCGUUGGCCAGCCUGACAAUUGGGGGGGCAAUGACAGGUCACCUGGAGAGGACUGCGGUUCCAUCCACACCAAUGGUGGUCUGAACGACCUCACAUGCACAGCAAAAGUUCCCUUUAUCUGCGAACAGGAACUGUGGCUGGAGCCACAUGCUGAUUUGAUGUCAUCAUUAAAAUGCCACAGUUCAACCAAUACAGACAUAGCCCUAGAGGUUCCACCAGCAUGAGCAUUUCUCGAUGGUGGCGCAAAUACGGAUGGAACUUCUGACGAAGACAGCAUGCGCUAUUUACUAUACAAUUACUGUAAUAUUACAAUAGCUCUAUUGUAUGCAAAACAUCAUUUGUAACAUUGAUUACCUUCAGAUUUAGAUAAGCGGCUAGUGUUGUUCAGAGCCCACGAUUCAAUCCUAAACAAAAGCUGGCUGUCACUUAACCUGAGUAGCAUUGUUUGUACCUGUCAUGUUCCCAAAUUAAGUUUUGGGAUGGAACCUCAAAAUAAGGCUUCGAUUUCAAUGCUCCAAAAUUCACCUCUCAAGACAAAUUCGUCAGUACUGUCAAUCUUCGUAACCAAUGAAAUUCAUUUGAAAAUAUUCAUAAUAUACCAAAUAAAGUACUCACUAAUGAAUAUAUUUUUGCUGUUUCAAAUGAUAAAACA